AUGGAUUUCCUCCUGGCUCUGGUGCUCGGCUCCUCGCUCUACCUGCAGGCGGCUGCCGAGUUCGACGUGAGGUGGCCCAGGCAAAUAGUGUCAUCCAUUGGCCUGUGUCGUUAUGGUGGGAGGAUUGACUGCUGCUGGGGCUGGGCCCGCCGCUCCUGGGGACAGUGUCAGCCUUUCUACGUCUUAAGGCAGAGAAUAGCCAGGAUAAGGUGCCAGCUCAAAGCUGUAUGCCAACCACAGUGCAAACAUGGUGAAUGUAUUGGACCCAACAAGUGCAAGUGCCAUCCUGGAUAUGCUGGAAAAACCUGCAGUCAAGACGAACACUUCUACCCAACUCCUCUUGACCAAGGCAGUGAACAGCCUCUUUUCCAACCCCUGGAUCAUCAAGCCACAAGUUUACCUUCAAGGGAUCUAAAUGAGUGUGGCCUGAAGCCGCGACCCUGCAAGCACAGGUGCAUGAACACUUACGGCAGCUACAAGUGCUACUGUCUCAACGGAUAUAUGCUCAUGCCAGAUGGGUCCUGCUCAAGUGCCCUGACGUGCUCCAUGGCAAACUGUCAGUAUGGCUGUGAUGUUGUCAAAGGACAGAUACGGUGCCAGUGCCCCUCUCCUGGCCUACAGCUGGCUCCUGAUGGGAGGACCUGUAUGGAUGUUGAUGAAUGUGCCACCGGGAGAGUGUCCUGCCCUAGAUUUAGGCAGUGUGUCAACACUUUUGGGAGCUACAUCUGCAAGUGUCAUAAAGGCUUCGACCUCAUGUACAUUGCAGGCAAAUACCAAUGUCACGAUAUAGAUGAAUGUUCCCUUGGUCAGUAUCAGUGCAGCCGCUUCGCUCGAUGUUACAACUUGCACGGGUCCUACAAGUGUAAAUGUAAAGAUGGAUACCAGGGCGAUGGACUGAGUUGUGUGUAUAUUCCAAAAGUCAUGAUUGAGCCAUCAGGUCCAAUUCAUGUACCAAAGGGAAAUGGUACUAUUUCAAAGGGUGACGGAGGACACAGUAAUUGGAUUCCUGACGUUGGAAGUACUAGGUGGCCUCUGAAGACACCAUAUAUUCCUCCUGCUACCAACAGGCCCACUUUUAAGCCAACAGUAAGACCUACACCAGAGCCAACACCGCAGCCAACCCCACCGCCAUCCACAGAAUUCGGAACAUCACCAAUAACAACCCCGGAAAGACCAAGCACCAGACUAACAACUGUACUGCCAGUUGCCACUACAUCUCCAAGAUGGAUUACAGUUGACAACAGGAUACAGACAGAUCCUCAGAAGCCCAGAGGAGAUGUGUUCAUUCCACGGCAGCCUUCAAAUGACUUGUUUGAAAUAUUUGAAAUUGAAAGAGGAGUCAGUGCAGACGAUGAAGCGAAGGAUGAUCCAGGUGUUCUGAUACACAGUUGUAAUUUCGACCAUGGGCUUUGUGGAUGGAUCAGAGAAAAAGACAGUGACUUGCACUGGGAACCAGUUAGAGAUCCAGCAGGUGGACAAUAUCUGACAGUCUCGGGAGCCAAAGGCCCAGGGGGAAAGGCCGCUCGCUUGGUGCUACCUCUCGGCCACCUCAUGCAUUCAGGGGACCUGUGCCUGUCGUUCAGGCACAAGGUGACUGGGCUGCACUCCGGCACGCUCCAGGUGUUUGUGAGAAAACACGGUGCCCACGGAGCAGCCCUGUGGGGAAGAAAUGGUGGCCGUGGCUGGAGGCACACACAGAUCACCUUGCGAGGGGCUGACGUCAAGAGCGUCAUCUUCAGAGGUGAAAAAAGGCGUGGCCACACUGGGGAGAUUGGAUUGGAUGAUGUGAGCCUGAGAAAAGGCCACUGCUCUGAAGAACGCGAGCAACUCCCGAACUAG